CAGCAAGAAACCGAAACCCGCGCCCAACUGUAACUACCAUGGCGGACGCAACGAAAACGCAACGUGACUUUCAUCACCCCUACACGCCGUACUCCAUACAAUUGGAGUUUAUGGACGCCCUGUACGAGGCAGUGGAAAACGGUUGUGUGGGCAUCUUUGAGUCUCCGACUGGGGGAAAAUCUCUAAGCCUGAUUUGCGGUGCCUUGACUUGGCUUCGAGACCAUAAGAGUCGUGAUCUCGAGGCGCAGUUGCAGACUGAAGAUGGAGACUCCGACGAACCAGCUUGGGUCCGCGAGUACGCCGUUAAAGAAAAGAAGGAACAGAUCCUGCGGGCCAAGACAGAUCUCGAGGAGCGGCUGAAGGCCAUUCGGGACAAGGAGGCGAAAGAGAAAGUGUUGAGUCUCCGGGAUAACGAUACGAGAGCGUUUAAGAAGACGAGGAAAAACGUCGAAGUAGAAUUGGAAAAUGAUGAUGAGGCCCAGUUUGUGCUGGAUGAUUACGAAAGCGACGAUGAAUUCGGCUCAAAAAGACAGAAGGAGUCGGAUGAUUACUCGCCGGCGGUGAGGGAGCUCAUGAUGAAGCUCGGUAUGCCCGACUCCGGAGCACCUCCAAGGGAAGAUCCGGAGAUGGAACUACCCGACGAGACGAAAAUUUUCUUUUGUUCACGCACACAUUCCCAGCUCACACAAUUCGUUAACGAAUUACGGCGAGUGGAUAUGCCACCGUCCUUUUCAAGCGGAGACGAAGAGCUGCGGGAACAGAUCAAGCACUUGUCACUAGGAUCACGGAAGAACUUGUGCAUUAACCCUGCGGUCGCAAAACUGAAGAGCGUCACGGCGAUGAAUGAGAAGUGCCUAGAUAUGCAGAAAUCUGGGACGAAAGGCUCCGAAAAGCGGUGUCAAUUCUUACCCACUAAAGAGGAUCAGGUCGUUGUUCGAGACUUUCGGGAUCACGCACUCGCAACUAUCCGGGAUAUCGAGGAUCUUUCGAAGCUCGGGAAAACUAUGGGGACUUGUCCGUAUUAUGCUGUCCGGGCGGCAAUCAAACCAAGCGAGAUAGUCACAUUACCUUAUCCCCUUCUCCUACAGAAAUCUGCCCGGGAAGCACUCGGUAUCUCUCUCAAGGGCCAUGUCGUCGUCAUCGAUGAAGCCCAUAACCUGAUCGAUGCCAUUUCAUCGAUCCACUCAAUCACCGUGACACUCACACAGCUUACACGAUGUCGAGAACAACUGGAAAUAUAUCUUGCCAAAUUCCGGAACAGACUCAAAGGCUCCAACAAGGUGUAUGUGAUGCAGAUCAGUCGUCUCUUGGGUGGAUUGGCAUCUUACCUCGAGGAUUUGAGCAACGGAGGCAAAGAGGGCGAGGUUCAGCCUGGCGAUCUUCUUGCUGCCAAGGGAACAGAUCAGAUAAACUUCUUUAAACUGCAGAAUUAUCUCGCUGAGAGCAAACUGGCGAGGAAACUGGAAGGAUAUCUCAUCCACACAGAGCAGAAACAAGCAGAGCAGCUUCAGCGUCGGGGCAAGCCGGCGGAACAAAACAAGCCCAAGGACUCGGUUCCUAUGCUCACACAUCUCCAGGGGUUUCUGUUGGCUUUGACCAAUCCAUCGGACGAAGGCAAAGUUUUCUACGGAAGGACAGAGACCAAAGAUGCCUGCUUCAAAUACAUGCUCCUUGACCCGGCGUUCCAUUUCCGAGGUGUCGUAGAGGAAGCGAGGUCUGUCAUCCUCGCCGGAGGGACGAUGCAGCCUAUGCAGGACUACACGACGCACCUCUUCCCUUAUCUUCCCAGGGAGAAGAUCCGUACAUUAUCCUGCGGACACGUCAUUCCAAAAGACAAUCUCCUUGCCUGGCCAAUGGCUAUGGGACCCACCAAACGAGAGUUCCAGUUCACGUUCGAUAAACGUAUGGAUCCCAAUCUGAUCGCAGAGUUAGGCAGGGCAAUCGCCAACAUCUGCACGGUGGUACCUCACGGCGUCGUCUGUUUCUUUCCCAGCUAUGCGUAUCUUAGCUUCGUCAUUGCGCAGUGGCAGAAGAAACUGGGCGAGGGCUUGUCGGUAUGGGAUCGGCUCGGCCAGAAGAAAGAAAUAUUCCAAGAGUCGAGCGAGAAGAGCAGCGUCGAGGAAACUCUGGCGGAAUACGCCCGGGAGAUUGAUUCUGGCAAGGGUGCACUUCUGUUGAGCGUUGUCGGAGGCAAGAUGAGCGAAGGGAUCAACUUUAAUGAUAAUCUUGGCCGCGGAGUAGUCAUGAUCGGACUCCCCUUCCCCAACGCGCAGACGCCGGAGUGGAAGGCGAAGCUACAGCACGUGGAAAAGGUUGCAUAUGAUUCCCUCGAUGAAACCUCGGGAUCCCUGUCUCAAAGGCAAGCCCUGGCCAAAGCCGCUGGGAGAGAGUUCUACGAAAAUGCAUGCAUGCGGGCCGUCAACCAGAGUAUCGGCAGGGCGAUUCGACAUAGAGAGGAUUAUGCAACGAUCAUCCUCAUCGACAAACGAUACACCGGUCAGCGCAUCCAGGACAAAUUGCCAGGCUGGAUCAAGACAGGUCUGGUCAAUUUCGAUGUUUCCAAAGGUGAAGGGCAGUUUGGGGAUUUCAUGAAGGGCUGCGGAGCUUUUUUUAGAGGGAAGAAGGCGGGAACGGAAAGGACGGGUUGAAGAAGAUCUGAUCCUGGGAGUUGGAGAGCGCCGACGAUCAUCGGAAGCCUGGCUAUAGGGAGAGCCUGUCGCUGGCCAGUCAUUGUACGGUGAUUGGUCGGGGACAUAGAUCUUAAAGGGUUUUGUGAGG